CUCUCCUCUCUCUGGGCUACCUUCUCCUCGAGUCCUCGUGUUUGGGUUUAUUAUGCUCUUCCUAAUUUGUCUGAAAUAAUAGGUCAAAGUUGUUUUUUUUUUAAAUAUAUAAUUUUUGUGUGUCGUCUGCACUCUGGAUUUGAUUCGUUAUAGAGUACCAUUCUGUUUUUACUUUCCAAAUCUGAUCAUUAAAUCUUCCCCAAUUCUUUUUUAGGGUUACACCAUCUCUGCACCUGCAUAUAUACCAUUCUAACCCCCUUUUUCCUGGAGAUUUUCCUUUUCACACUCAUUAGGGUUUUCCCUAAUCUUCUUCCAAUCAUCGUCUUCAGGACUUUAUCAUCUCAUUAACUCUUUCUCUCAAAUCUUGGUGCAUUCAGGUUCGAUUACUGUGAAUAUAUGGCUGUUUAGUUUCUUGAUUUUCUCUGAAGCUUGAGAGUUACCUGUUUAUAGGGGGUUUUUGCAAGGAACUCUGUGAAAUCUUUGGUGGGUCGUUUUUGUUUGCCACCUAAAAAUUGAGGGUUUUCUUGUAUCCUGUUUUAUAUGGUGUAGAUUUGGUUCUGCUUUGAUUUCAUUGUUGUUUACACGUCGUCUCAGUGUGGGAGUUGCGGUAAUAGGUUUGAUAGGAUGGCAUUGAACUUCUCGCGCCAGUCGAUCUUCCCCACUCGUUCCUCGGAAGAGGGUUUGUGUUCAUCAAUCAGGUUUGCGAGGGGGUAUGUUUUGGAAGAAUGCCCGGAUAAUAAUUUGGGUGAUUUGGGAUCUUUGGGUGAUGAUACCUGGGGUUUCAACUGGGAAUUGGAGAAUUCUUGUGAUUUCAGGAAGGAGAAGGACGAGAAUGGGAGUUGGGUUGAUCCAGUGGCUGAUGAUAUUAUGAUGACAUUGAAUUUCUCGCCUUGGUCGAUCUUUCCAACUCUUUCUUCGGAAGAGGGUUUUGAGUUUGCGGAUGGGUGUGCAGUGGAAGGAUACCCUGAUAAGAAUUUGGAUGGUUUUAGUAACGAUACUCGAAAUUGCGAUUGGAAAUUGGAGAAUUCUUGCGAUUACAGAAAAGAGAAGGAUGAGAAGGGAAGCUGUGAUGAUUUGGUGUCCGAUGAUAUCCUUGAACUAUUGCCUGCAGAUCCCUUUGGCAUGGACGUGAGUGCUACUUUUACUGCCAUUGCUGGUUGGUUUGAGGAUUUUGAGAAAGAUGGGGGGUCAUAUUCUCAUGGCUUUGGGACAGAUGAAAUUGAAGUAAAAAGUGAUUAUCGGUUAUAUGCCGGUUUGAAUUUGCUUAGGGAUCGAGCUAUGAUUUUACAGCCAGAGGUGGAUAAGAAUGGAUUUGUGAUAGAUAAAGAAUUAGGAGAUGGAUUAUGUGAUGGCGGUUCUGUGUCAACUCUCCAUGCAGGGGAAUGUAUGGAUUUUAGCCAACGGGGCAAUUGGAUAGAGAGUGAUCAAGCCAAUGAAUUUCAGGCUUGUACCAAACUCCAUCAUGAUGAUGAUGCUGGUGAUGCCCAUGAUGCUUUGUUUUUCGUACUUGGUUAUCUAAGUGUUCGUGACCUUCUUUCUAUUGAAAGGGUUUGCAGGUCUUUGCGUGAUGCAGUUAAAGGUGAUCCUCUUUUGUGGAGGAGUAUUCACAUUGAUCAGCCAUUGAGCGACAGGAUUACUGAUGAUGCUUUGGUGCGGUUGACUGGUAGGGCUCAAGGCACUCUUCAAUGCUUGAGUCUGGUGGAGUGCCUAAAGAUUACUGAUAGUGGUUUGAAACACAUAUUCCAGAGCAAUCCAGGGCUUACAAAGCUUAGUGUUCCAGGAUGUGUGAAACUCAGUGUUGAAGGUAUCUUAUUUAAUUUGAAGGCCUUAAAGUUUGCGGGGGCACCUGGAAUAAAGCACCUGAGAAUUGGUGGGAUAUACGGUGUUACAAGUACACACUUUGAAGAGUUGAAGUUCUUAUUGGGUGUAGAUAACCAUAUGCAGCCUAAAUAUCACAAGCCACGGUUCUAUCGGGGUGGGCAUUUGUAUGUAUCUUGUGAUGAUGAUCGUGCAAUUGACAUCGAGACAUGCCCAAGAUGCCAAAAAUUGAGACUAGUCUAUGAUUGCCCAGCAGAAAGUUGCCAAGGGGAUCAUCAAAAUGCUCAGCUGUGCAGGGCUUGUACACUAUGCAUCGCCCGCUGCGUCCACUGUGGCCGCUGCAUUAAUAACUGCGAUUAUGAAGAGAUGUUCUGCCUAGACUUCCUUUGUUUGGAUUGUUGGAAAGAUAUCAUCAAUCAUCAAGAGAGACUGGAAGGUGAUGGCGCAUCUUCCUCAUCUAAGCACACUAUUUUCCAUAGAGAGACAACAUACCAUUUUUGCUUCAUGGCUUGAAAAAGAUUGAUAUUACACGUCUCUUCUGCUGAUGAUAAUGGGUCAGAAACUUCAUGUUUGGUUGUCUUUUGUUUGGAUUCUAAUGCAAAAAUUGAAGUGAAUUAGUUGGUACUGGAGUGUAAAUCUCCAAAAUCCAGCAUCACCAAUUUGGCAGGUUCUGGAAAUAGCACCAGCAUCAGAGCUUUGACAGACUCCUGAGUUCGUGGGUAAAAAUUGGCUUGAACAGGUUCCUGUUUACAUUUUAAAAAAGAAACACAAAAAUAUAGGUAAAAAUAGAGAGAGAAAGUAAAAGCACAAAUAUGACUGUGCAAAAAAAAAAAUACUAUUGAAGAAAGAUAUUGAAAAAGGAAGAAACAAGAAAGGAAGUUUUAUCGAAGACAGCUGCGAAUCAAAUUUGAAUUUGUUGCUGUAGAUUCUUGCAGUACAGAGACUCCUCUUGCGGAAAUUGCAUCUUAAAAGGAGAAUGAAAAUGUUGUUUUGGGUGCUUCUUGGUGGAGGGGAAGUAGCAAAGAGAGUGGCAUUGCUGUUAAAGAGUGCGAGUCUGUGUUGCUGAUGGACAGUAGAAUCCAUAUUAAGAAGAAAGUACCAGAAAAGCUGGAAGAAUAAUUCUACACAAUUAUGUUCACCAUAAACUUUGCAAAAAUUGUGAUGAUGAAGGCUGCCUUCAGUUUUAUUGAUUUGUUUUAUUAAAGGAUUCUGCUGCUUUUAUCUCAUAUGUUGUUUUCAUUAUUGAGGUAAACUUUUGUACUAUUAAUUAAACACUGUCCUCAAUGUGCACGCAAAAGGUUAUGAACAUCAGAAUUCAGACCAUCCAUUUUUUC